AUGUUGCGCAAUAUGGCGUCAUGCAGCAUACAUUCGAUACAAAUAAAUAAUUUAAAGUCAGAUAACUUUAAUAAUUGGUUAUUUCGACUGAGAGCGGUUCUUGAAGAAAAAGGCGUGUUGUAUUGUAUUCAAAGUUUAACCUCUGAAACAAAAGAUACAAAGUUUAUUAAAGAUGACGCAACAGCCAAAAACAUUAUUAUUUCAUGUCUCAGUGGUACUCAUUUGGGAAUAAUAAAGGAGUGUACUACAAGUAAGUCAAUGAUUGAAAAAUUAAAAAAUACUUUUCAACGUAAAUCUGUUGUUUCCAAACUUUAUUUGAGACGUCAACUUCUAAGUUUGAAAUGCAUGGAAAAUGAAAAAUUGGAAAUAUAUUUUCAAAAGUUUAACAGUAUCAUAGAGGAUUUAGAAAACAACAACGAAAAGUUACUUGAAUUGGACAAAAUUUGCUACCUAUUAAUUGGAUUACCACAAAAGUAUGAAACCGUAAUUACUGCAAUAGAGACACUCAACAAAGAUGAUUUAAAGUUUGAAAACGUGACAGCGAGACUUCUGGAUGAGGAAUUAAAAAUGACUUCUAAAAAUAAUGAAAAUAAUGAUGAAAAUGCCUUUAUUGUUUGCUUUAAGUGUCAAAAUAGAGGUCACAAGGCAAUUAAUUGUAAAUAUUAUGGUCAAGGACGUGGACAGGGAUGGACAUGUCAAGGAGACCCC